AGGGGGGUCCAGGACGAUGCUGGCGGGGCUGGGGCGGGCCGUGCGGAGCCGCUGGCCGCCGGCUAAGCGGCAGCCCCCGGUGCUGCUGGGCGGCCGGGAUGGCUGCCCGCCGCCCUCAGCGCCUCAGGUGCGGCUGUGGAGGCACGCCGGAGCUUGGAGGGGCCGGGAAGGAGCACCGUACAGCACGCUGGUGCCAUCUGACGAAGUAACUAUUAAUUACAGACAUGGUCUUCCUGUGAUAACUCUUACGCUGCCCACAAGAAGUGAACGCUGUCAGUUCACAGUUAAGUCAAUGGUGACCACCGUAGGGACAUUCCUGCAGGAUGUGCAGAGAGAAGAUAAAGGAAUUGAGAGAGCGGAAGUCUUUGCAACAGAUGGUAGGAAGGUCUCUGAUGCAACCUUGAUGGAGGUCUUGUUGAUGAAUGACUUUAAACUUGUUAUCAACAACACAGCAUACAGUGUGUCACCUCCUGUAAAAGAUAAGCUGAGUAGUGAGCAUGCUACUGAAAUAGAAGAUAUCAAAUCCUUGGUUCACAGAUUGUUUGUGGCUCUACAUUUAGAAGAUCACCAGAUCAGGAAAGAGAAAGAAUUGCUACAGAAACUGGACCAUCUGAAAGAAGAGCUGCUGCCUCUUGAACAGAUGAAAGCCAGAAUCAUGGACAGUGCAGAUGCAAAGACCUCCAGGCUUCUAUGGGUUGGCUUAGCUCUGAUGUCAACACAAGGAGGAGCGUUGGCGUGGCUCACGUGGUGGGUCUACUCGUGGGACAUCAUGGAGCCGGUCACAUACUUCAUCACUUACGGGAGUGCCAUGGCUUUCUACGCCUACUUUGUUCUUACUAAACAGGACUACAUUUAUCCUGAUGCUAAAGACAGGCAGUUCCUCCACUACUUCUAUCGGAAAUCCAAAACCCAGCAUUUUAAUGUGGAACGGUAUAACAAGCUCAAAGAAGACCUAGCAGAGGCAGAAGAAUCCCUGAGACGUCUACGCCAACCUCUGCACUUGAGGCUUCCAAUCCAGGAAAUCAAUGACAAGGACUGACUUUGGUUUUGUAUAUAUUAGAAUUGCCCUUUAAAAGCUGAUACGAACAUUUAGUUACUCUACAGAAACUGGGUAUUUUUGACCACUAUAUAGUUUUGAAAGUUGCAAUAAACACCUACAAAAAUGAUUUGAUCAAUUGAUGGUUUGGGUUUGGUUUUGUUUUGUUUUUCUUUUUGCUUUUUUUUUUCCCCAAAACCCUAUGAAGAAGCUGCUGAAGCGAAGUUCUUCAAGAUAUUUGUCAAAUCUCAUUAGUAAAAUAGAGGCAUUCUGCCUGCUGGUAAAAUGACAGGGAUGUUUUAUAGAACAAGGGCUGUCUUUUUAGUACCAUUUACUAUAGCACAGCAGUAGCUCAUAGAAUAAUUUUCUGCAUCGAAUAUUAAGGAUUUUUUUUCCUGAGACUACUGUUUCCUUUUUCCUAGCUCUGUGCAUUGAUUUGCAUCACAAGUAAGCUUUUUUAGUAAAUAUUGCUGGAAAAGUAAGAUAUAUCAAACUCAUUUACUAUAAAAUCAUUUAUGUUUCAUUGUUGCAUUUUAUCAAAAGAAUUUAUCAAAAUGUUCAAACAUACAUGAUUUAUACAAAGCUUAAAAGUAGCCAUAGUAAGAUUUAAUAUCUGUGACUCAGAACAUAGUUUAUGGGAAGAUGUAACUAAAGCAAAGCCAGUAAAUCAAUUAUUUUGUACCCAGGAAAGUGGAUUAAGACACCUUUCUCAGCUUGAGUUCUCCAUUGUUCCCCAGUUAAGCAGAUGUACCAAUAAUGUAAAAAAUAAUAAAAGAAAUAUUCGCUUCUA